AUGUACGAUGCUGCCACCGUGCUGCUGCGUGAGUACUGGCAAGCCACAGGAUGGCAGGAGCAAAUGUCCUAUCUUCAUUUGAUGACGGCCAGCGAUGUGCUGCUGGACUUUGCGGUACCUCAUGGCGUCCUACUCUCGGGCGCCAGUGUUUCCACGCCGUCUUUCCUGGCCUGCGCACGCGCACAUACAGCGCCACUGAGCGGAUCCCUGGGAUAUGCGCAUGUGUCGAGCCGCGCGCCUGUACAUCUUGCGUGCGUCCACGACCCUCUCAAGCGCCUGACCCGUGCUGGCACCUUUCUCGAGCCUGAUACACCGCCUACGUUACCGCCAGUACCAACGCAGGCACUGCGCGAUGAGCUCUUGUAUGGCUGCAUUCAUGCUCCCAUGGGUUACAUGGAGGGCCUAUGGGUUACCCGCUUGUCUCCGCGCUGGCAGCUUAUGGCCACGGCACUUUCACGAGCGCCACGAUACCCCUUGGAUCCACUGGGCCGCUGGCUCGGCCUCCUCCCUCCUCGUGGUUCAAAUGUGACCGACCCUGACUAUGCUAUCGACCCGCCCGGCACAACGCACCUAUUGCUUACCCUGCAGCGGCAGAGUGCUACGCGCAUGUCUGAAUACAGCUACUCUCUGGACGAGGCUCUUUGGGGCGCUCGCUUCCUUCAGCAUGUCCACCAGCUCCGCGACGGAAGCACUCUGCGUGCAGGUGGUGAGGCUUUUUUCAGCAUUGCAGAAAAAAGCGCGGGUGUGUCGGUCGGUUUGCGGUGCUCCAUGCCCAACGGCGGCGCUUCUGCCCUUGGCUGGGCCGCCCCGGCGCGUCCGGCCGUGGCAUCCAUGACACUUAACCCGAUGAUGGGAUACCUGCGCGCGGCUUAUGCGGCGCGUAUCGACGAUGAUCUUCUCCUAUGCGCACGCUACGACUUUAACGUCUAUUCCUACCAAUCAGACUGGGCUGUG